CGGGAAAAGCCCGCGAGUGAAGAGGCAUUUGGUGAAAGUGUUUUGAGAACAAUCAUAAUUGCCUUGCUCUGGGCGGGGAAACUGAGGCGUAGGGCACGGAAGAAAUCUGCCGGCUUUUGUGGGACCGCUCCCGGGCUACCGAAUGCCAGCUUACUUCGUGUGCAUCUGGGAGGUUCUGGGGGCAGGUGACAGCACCGUGACCUAUCACCAUGGAUGGAGAUGGACUUUUUGAUGAAGAAACCCAAAGUGUCUUCACCAGUCUGGGUGCUUUGACUGGCCCAGGUUUUGACAAAACCUGCCUGGUUCCCUCUGGGGGAUCCGAAUGAGAGAUCUCAGACACCUUCACUGCGAAGCCAAGGACAUUUCUGUAUAAUCAACGGAUGAAAGGAUUUUCUCAGACUCUCUUUCCUCCCAUUUUCCUUGAGGAUUAAUCCACCAGAAUCCACAGUUCCGGUGGAGACUGCGAGGCAUACAAUGUGGCAGAAGCCUAGAGCGCCUUCGGAAUUGCUCUGGACCCUGCCUUUAGCGUAGAGGACUCUCUUGCCGCUCCCCUCCCCUGCCCCCAACUCUCUCCUCCUGUCUUUGACUGGUUCUCGUUUUUUUUUUCCCCCUGUGAAGUUCUGUUUCCAAACUGUUCCCCGGAGCUAUAAGUGGAUUGGCAGUAAUGAGAGAUUAGGCGGUGGGAGAAAGCCCAGUGCCCAGUGCAAAGUGUCCUCUUCCUGCUGCGGCGCCGCCGACAUGAAGUGCUUUUUCCCAGUGUUGAGCUGGCUGGCUGUGCUGGGUGUGGCGUCAGCGCAGCGACAGGUCACCGUCCAGGAAGGGCCCUUGUACCGCACAGAGGGCUCCCACAUCACCAUCUGGUGCAACGUGAGUGGCUACCAGGGUCCCUCGGAGCAGAACUUCCAGUGGUCCAUCUACCUGCCCUCCGCCCCGCAGCGCGAAGUACAGAUUGUUAGCACGGUGGACUCCUCCUUCCCUUACGCCAUCUACACCCAGCGAGUCCGAGGUGGGAAGAUCUACGUGGAGAGAAUCCAGGGGAACUCGGCCUUGCUGCACAUCACAGAUCUGCAAGCCCGGGAUGCUGGGGAGUAUGAGUGUCACACCCCCAACACGGAUGAGCGCUACUUUGGAAGUUACAGUGCCAAGAUGGACCUCGUGGUGAUCCCAGAUUCCCUGCAGACCACAGCUGUCCCCCAGACUCUGCACAAAGUGGAACAGGACCCCCUGGAGCUCAGCUGUGAAGUGUCCACUGAGAGCGACCAGCACAGCCACCUCUCCGUAUCCUGGCUUCGGCGGAAGGGUGGCGAGAAGCCUGUGGAGGUCAUAGCCCUGAGCCGCGACUUCAUCCUGCACUCCAGCAGCGAAUACGCCCAGAGGCAGAGCCUGGGGGAGGUGCGGCUGGACAAGCUGGGGAGGACCACCUUCCGCCUCACCCUCUUCCACCUGCAGCCUUCCGACCAGGGCGAGUUCUACUGCGAGGCUGCCGAGUGGAUCCAGGAUCCAGAUGGCUCUUGGUAUGCCAUGACCCGGAAGCGCUCCGAGGGUGCUAUCGUCAACGUCCAGCCCACCGACAAAGAGUUCACCGUGCGUCUGGAGACAGAUAAGAGGCUACACACAGUGGGUGAGCCGGUGGAGUUCAGAUGUAUCCUAGAGGCUCAGAACAUUCCCGACCGGUACUUUGCCGUCUCCUGGGCCUUCAACAGCUCACUCAUCGCCACCAUGGGGCCUAAUGCUGUGCCCGUCCUCAACAGUGAAUUUGCCCACCGUGAAGCCAAGGGACAGCUUAAAGUGUCCAAAGAGGGUGACGGUGUCUUUGUGCUGAAGAUAUACCACCUCCGCCAGGAAGACAGUGGCAAAUACAACUGCCGGGUGACAGAGCGAGAGAAGACUGUCACUGGCGAGUUCAUUGACAAGGAAAGCAAGCGUCCCAAGAACAUCCCCAUCGUCGUCCUUCCCCUCACAGAUAACUGGGUAGUUAAAGUCCCCCAGCAGCACCAGAUCCUGCCCCAAGGCCACUUGGAAAGCAGCAUCUCCGUGGAGGUGGCCAGCAACGCCAGCGUCAUCCUCGAGGGCGAGGAUCUGCACUUCUCCUGUAGUGUCCGCACAGUGGGCAGAUUGCAGGGCCGCUUCUCCGUCAUCUGGCAGCUCGUGGAUCGGCAGAACCGCCGCAGCAACGUCAUGUGGCUGGACCGGGAUGGCACCGUGCAGCCAGGCUCAUCCUACUGGGAGCGCAGCAGCUUUGGGGGCGUCCAGAUGGAGCAGGUGCAGCCCAACUCCUUCAGCCUGGGCAUCUUCAACAGCAGGAAGGAGGACGAGGGCCAGUACGAGUGCCACGUGACGGAGUGGGUACGGGCCGUGGAUGGGGAGUGGCAGAUCGUGGGAGAGCGCCGCGCCAGUACCCUCAUCUCCAUCACAGCUCUUGACACGGGCUUUGCCGUCACCGCCAUCUCCCGGACGCCGGGGGUGACCUACAGCGACUCCUUUGACUUACAGUGCAUCAUCAAACCCCACUACCCGUCCCGAGUCCCCGUGUCGGUGACGUGGCGCUUCCAGCCAGUGGGCACAGUCGAGUUCCACGACCUGGUGACCUUCACACGGGACGGAGGGGUCCAGUGGGGAGACAGGUCGUCCACCUUCCGAACCCGGACCGCCAUCGAGAAGGCCGAGUCCAGCAACAACGUCCGCCUGAGCAUCAGCCGGGCCAGUGACACAGAGGCCGGCAAGUACCAGUGCGUGGCGGAGCUGUGGCGGAGGAACUACAACAAUACCUGGACGAGGCUGGCGGAGAGGACCUCCAACCUGCUGGAGAUUCGGGUGCUGCAGCCAGUGACGAAGCUGCAGGUGAGCAAGUCGAAGAGAACCCUCACGCUGGUGGAGAACCGGCCAAUUCAGCUGAACUGCUCCGUCAAGUCCCAGACCAGCCAGAACUCGCACUUCGCCGUGCUGUGGUACGUCCACAAGCCCUCAGACGCGGACGGCAAGCUCAUUCUCAAGACCACGCACAGCUCGGCCUUCGAGUAUGGAACCUACGCCGAGGAGGAGGGCCUGCGAGGCCGGCUGCAGUUCGAGAGGCACGCUUCGGGGGGCCUGUUCAGCCUCACCGUGCAGAGAGCUGAGGUCAGCGACAGUGGUAGCUACUACUGCCACGUGGAGGAGUGGCUGCUGAGCCCCAACUACGCCUGGUACAAGCUGGCCGAGGAGGUUUCAGGGCGCACCGAGGUCACCGUGAAGCAGCCAGACAGCCGCCUGAAGCUCAGCCAAGCCCAGGGCAACCUGUCUAUUCUGGAGACCCGGCAGAUCCAGCUGGAGUGUGUGGUCCUGAACCGUACCAGCGUCACCUCCCAGCUCACGGUGGAAUGGUUUGUCUGGAAGCCCAACCACCCAGAGCGGGAAACAGUGGCCCACCUGAGCCGAGAUGCUACCUUCCACUAUGGUGAACAGGCCGCCAAAAACAACCUCAAGGGCCGACUGCACUUGGAGAGCCCGUCUUCGGGCGUCUACAGGCUCUUCAUCCAGAAUGUGGCGGUCCAGGACAGCGGGACCUACAGCUGCCGAGUGGAAGAGUGGCUGCCCAGCCCCAGCGGUGUGUGGUAUAAACGGGCUGAGGACACAGCCGGGCAGACGGUCGUCACGGUCAUGCGACCCGAUGCCGCCCUGCAGGUGGACACGGUGGUCCCCAAUGCCACAGUCUCCGAGAAAGCAGCUUUCCAGCUGGACUGCAGCAUCCUGUCUCGAUCAAGCCAAGACUCCCGCUUUGCUGUGGCCUGGUAUUCCCUAAGGACUAAAGGUGGAGGAAAAAGAGGCAGCCUUGGCAUUGAAGAGCAAGAGGAAGAGGAGGAGGGGGAGGUAUCGGAAGACGAGGACAGUGAAGAUCCAACAGAGAGGGUGGUCCUGCUGAGCGUGGGACCUGAUGCCGUCUUUGGUCCCGAAGGCAGCCCUUGGGAGGGCAGGCUGCGUUUCCAGAGACUCUCGCCCCUGCUCUACCGGCUCACGGUGCUUGAGGCGAACCCCCACGACACAGGCAACUACUCCUGCCAUGUGGAGGAAUGGCUGCCCAGCCCCCAGAAGGAGUGGUACCGGCUAACAGAGGAGGAGUCGGCCCCCAUUGGCAUCCGGGUUCUGGACACAAGUUCCACGUUGCAGUCGCUCAUCUGCUCCAACGACGCCCUCUUCUACUUCGUCUUCUUCUACCCGUUCCCCAUCUUCGGCAUCCUCAUCAUCACCAUCCUGCUGGUGCGCUUCAAAAGCCGGAACUCCAGCAAGAACUCGGAGGGGAAGAACGGGGUGCCCCUGCUGUGGAUCAAGGAGCCGCACCUCAACUACUCCCCGACCUGCCUGGAGCCCCCAGUGCUCAGCAUCCAUCCGGGAGCCAUAGACUAAGGAGGGUGGCCCCCCCUGCAGACAUUGCCCAUGGCAGGGUCGGGUCCGGGGAGCCCUGUGGGCUUUUCCUCAUUGCUUCGUGCUCUGUGAUUGGACAGGCCACAGCACCCGAACUCUGCAGUUUUCUCUGCAGAGACCAGUCAGACCUGGACCGUGUUGGAAGAUCCCAGUCGUGGAGAUGACUGCCUCCGGGCGGCAGUCCUGGUUAGCUCUUUGCACCCAGGUGUCGUGAUCCCGACAUGAUCCCAACGUCCUGGGUUUCUAGUUUUUGGUUUUGGUAAACGUAGUGCGUAGCUCCAGGGGCCGCAUCUACUCACCAGUCUGUCUAGUGUUUUCGGACCGGUGCUACGGGGUUUCCUGUUCAGUGUAAUGUACUCUUUUAAGCCCCUUUGGUCCUCUCCGUGUGGAUCUCAUAAUGUUGUGGAAGAGUUUCUCUCACAACCGAAAAGCAAGAGGAAGACGACUUUAUAGUAACAAGAAAUCUCUUCCAAGACAUUUUUGUUUUUGCACAUUUGAAAAUGCCACCCGUGGAUCAAAAUACACCCAAACAUUUUUUUUAUUUUUUUUUUUUUACUUUCUUAGCAAAGACUUGAAAAAUAUGUGUAGCGUGGGCCCAAUUUGUAUCUUAUCUUUUCCCUCAGCUGGAGUUGUUGGAACCACUUUAUAGUCAAGAUGAAAGCAUUGAAUUUUGCUUCAGAGAACUGCACAUGUGCAGAAGGCGGCCUGCAGAACCUGUUAGGAUUAGAUGGUAUCCAGCCAGCCGAUCUACCAGGGAGGCGAAAGGGGACCCCGUCCUUGCCAAAAAAAAUAAAGAAAGCAAGCAAGCCAACCUGGAGGCCGGGUUGAGGGCUCCAGAUGGCCCUCAGCUUCUGAGGGUUGCCCUGAGUGUACCUACCUUUGUAGUGACCAAAGCCAAUGAUUAGGGACGGGGAAAGAAGCUGCUUGUUGUCUUGAUGAUGGCAAGCUCAGUCUCUUGAUUGAUACCCCUGAGCAGGGAGCUUUUAUCUGCAGGUGUUUUGCCAAAUUUUCAAGGGGACAUGUCCAGUGAACCUGAAGGGGCUGCCCUGAGUGGAGCACUGUGGCCCAGUGGAGGGUGCUGAGCUCUCGUACUGAGUUUGGGAGAGUGGAGGGUGGGGUGGGGUGGGGGGUCUCUAGACCCUGAUGUUGGAGAGGCUGGAGGAAGUCUUAACCUCUCUGUCUUCCUCCCACCGGGGGAUGAGGUCUUCCUCAUCUGUCAUUGCUCUCUCCCUGAAUCUCACUGCUGUGGGGAUAUUGUCCUCGGAGAGGACCAGGUGCCCUUUGUGAUCCAAGCUCUCCCCUAAUCUCAGCAGACUGGGGGGGUGGGGGAACAGGUGUUGAGUCAGGGGUUGUCCCUUCUCUUUGUUGGAGUGUGUGAGUGUGUGUGUGUGUGUGUGACUGUGCGUGCGUGCGUGUGUGCAUGUUUAGGUUGUCUUGGUUGUACUAGUGGCUUCUAAUUUUCAGCCCACAAAUUCAAAAUCCACUGCCUCCACUGUUACUAGGCCAGAUGCUUGGCUGCCCUAGAGCCCCAUCCAUUGCACAUCCUUCAUUUUGCCUUUCACUCGCUCUGAAGAUCUCGUGAAGCCCCCCUCUCUUCCCCCAUCCUUCCCAGCCAUACCUUCCCUUGGGAAUUUGCACUCUGAAUCCCAAGAUAGAGCCCCUUGGAAAAGCCGCCCAAGAUUGCGGAAGUGAAUCUAAUGAGAAUAAAUGGUCAGCACAACACGGAGGCUGUGGGAUUUCCAGGCCACUGAGCCAUGUGGUUACAGGUCCUUUCCAGGGGUCCACUGGGUGUAGGCCACGUUCCGGGUGGCGGGGGAGGGCAAGGGAGGCAAGACAAACCUUCCUCUUCCCCCUUGAUCCUCUGGGAAGUUUCCAGGCACGGCCACCCUAAUCCCUCGGGUGCCCACCCUGCUGAUUCCCUAUUCUGCACCAACACUUCAGAGGGACCAACUUGGCCCAGUCACAAAGAAAGAACGUCUUUUCUUCUGUUCCUUCACUCCGUGGGUAUUGGGCUCUCAGUGGGUCAUGCUGACUCCUGGUUUUUAGGCUGAGUCAAUGAGGAAAGACUGCCUCUGCCUCUGAACGGAGAGACGCCAGAGGGCUGGCCUGGAUUAAGAUUUCAGAUGGGUUCUGUAGCAGCGGAACCCUGAUGCUGCACGUGAAUUUGUGAAGCCGUUGCAGGCCAUUCGCAAGGAGGGAAGAAACCGAAGUCAGUAUUUUAACAACUGCUUUGUGUGUGUGUGUGUGUGUGUGUUGCAGGGCUGGGGGAUGCAAUCAAACGUUGAACUCUGAGCUUUUUAUGAAAAAGAAAAAGAGACAAAAACCCAGGGCCUCUCUGUGGCUGGCUGUAUGGACAUGUGUUGUCAGGGGAAUGGUGAUGGUGCCCUCCAGUGGCUGGAAGACCUCACUGCACAUUGUGUGCCGGGGCUUUGGUCUUCUAAAUUCAGAGAGCAAAGGACUCAAGAGACUCCUGACACCUGUCCGCUCCACUGUGCUAGGCAUGUCCCAGGACACUAUCCGACCGCACCCUCCCUCACCAGGGUGUCUCUGUAGCAAGUUUUCAUACUCGUUUCAAACAAUGGUUUCUCUGCGUUCAUUGAUGAAGAGAGAAGGAGUGAGAAGACCAUCCGUGCAUGAAGUAGAGAGCUGUUGGUCUGUUUCGCAUUUUUUUUUUUUAAAGGAGAAACUGUUUGUAAGCCACUGCACUAAGACAUUUUAUAGACACUGCAGAGACUGUAGUAAAUUACGUUGACACUACGCUGUUUACAUUUUUCUGGAGUCUGAUGCCCUCCUGCCCCUCACUGAACCAGCCACCUCCGGCUUGUGGGACUGUGCUCGUGGGUGGCCUGGAGUUCCACCCCUGGCACUGAGGUGUACCAGGUUCGAGUUUUACAAGCUGUAGCUUUUCUAUGCAUGCCCUCGCCCAGCCUAAAUUAUGUUUUUGUACAAAUGAUAAAAAUCUUUCUCAAGA